CUUACAUACAUACGUACUGAUCGCUGACGCGAGGAGACCCGCGAAGGAUACACCGGCAUUACUCCUGCCUUGAGGCUGUGCGUUCGCGAGUGUUCGCGUGAUAGAUAGUGUUAUGCGAUCACGAUGAUUGUAAAGAACACGAUAGAAAAUCAAUUGAUGCCAAUGGAAAUCAUACUUACCCGCGAUCAGAGGACUACGUCCCACCGGGUCCAUGACCAGACGAGUCCUGUUAUGCGAGUCAACGCGCCGAUAUCAAAGUCGGCGAUCUCAUCGUUGGAACAAACCAAAUAUCAGGGCACCGUCGCGAGACGUCAUUGCAUUAAAGCGAAAACGCUUAAACGAGAGAAAAAGAGUGAUUCGCAUCUCAUGCCAACAUUUUAUCAUGACCGAAGAACACAACAUUCUAACGCAUCCUUCAGCGUAUUCAGAUUUCUAAGGUUAGGCUGUGCAUUGGUGAUUAUACUAGCGACGCUGACAGUGCGAAGUGCUCCGAUAAUGAAUUCCCCGAACAAAACGGAUGAUAUGAAAUGGGUGAAUCCUUGUGGCGUCUCUACCAAAUUACGAACAAACGGCUCCAAUCCGGACAUUGCUCAGUUGGAGGACCAUGAUCUCCUCAACCAAAUAGUACUCCAAGCGAGAACAGCAUUAAAGCAUGCACAACUAUUUAGAGAUGAAUUUAUCAGACAAACUUUCAAGACGGACUUCGUCAGCGUCCACAAUCUGUGGAGGAAAUAUCAUUACGCUUGGCUGCCUACACGAUCUGAAAUACCCAAAGAACUGGGAGAGGAACUGGAUACGGAACAUCUUAACAAAUUGGAUAUUAACACGUCUCUCGUCGAUGCGUAUGAAUAUUUGCAGAAAUAUGCGGUGGGCUUAGAGCAGGUAGUUUUGGAUCAAAAGGAUUAUCAGCCUAAGUAUCAUCAGAAAUUCACAGAAGCCGAAUGGAAACUUCGAGCGGUUCUGUGUGAGAUCCAAGUUGCUAUAGAAGAACGUAGUGUAACGCGACGGCCGGACGUCACUCGAGAUGUUAUGCCAUCUGAUUUCCGAAAGAUGACAGACAUGACGUCCCGUGAUCUGCGUGACUGGCUGAUUUUCCGCGAAUACAUGAAUGGUCUCGAAUACGUGAUACAAGUAUUUUCACAUCUACGCCUACGUCUAUAAUCUGUUACAAUUAUGAAGAUCCGUAAAAAGCCGAAGAAGGGCUACGCCAAACGACGCUCUUAUCUUACAAAAUUAACGUGGUUACUGAUGGCUCCAUUUUCCUGAAGAGGUAUAGAGGGAAGAGGAUAGAAGGAUCUUCCGAUUAUCUUCUAAUUAUCAUUUAAAGAGCGCAAUUUUAACGAAAAGUGUCUCUGCAACAAGAAUCGGGCUAUUUGUUGGUAUCGACGAUGAGAACCAAUAUUGUCGAACCGACUGAUACACCGCAUCACAGUAUCUACAUUGAGCUUCUAUGAUAACUUUGAAAUAGAAGUGCCAUCAAUGCUCCCGAUACUUCAAUUACCAUCCUCUUCGACACUCUUUAAUAGUACUUCGUACGGAACAAGAUAGAAUGGAGAAAAAAAGGAAACAAAGAAAAAAACUGCGUCGUUAUUGGCGUCCAUUGACUUUCGCCGUUGCAGUUCACGGCCACAUACACAUAAUCGUGCAUAUUCACACAAACUACGAUUUCGCGCGAAGAUGCUCUACAAAUGCGCGUGCGUAUUUGAUUCUAUAUAUGAGAAAGGAAGUAGGAUUAUCUCUCUUUGUGUAAGUUCAAUGGCUCAAUCGUUUAACAUUGAACGUAAAAUAACUCUCGAGAUAAUUAUUACAUAUCACGGUUAUCUUACAAUCUAAGAACGUGAUAUCCUUUUUGCUCGAUAUUUCUUCUUUCGAUACGUUAUUAACAUUGAACAUGGCCACGAUUUAAUUGGCUUGAUUUUCCGUAAAGACUCAAAUUUUUAAAUAAUAUUCCUCAAUAUGAAUAAGAUUUGUGACAAUCACUACUGCUAUAAGUGAUUGUUACAUAAAGUAUAAAAAUACACACAAGAUUGGAAUAAUUAAUGAAAGUCACAGGUAAAUUUUACGAAAAAUUUAAAUUGAUUUUUUAAGUAAUGAUUAUUCACAUCGUAUUUUGCUUGUCGUAGUAGUUUGAACAUUUAUAAUACUUAACAUUACACGUUCUAUGCUCAGUGUAAAAUGAAAAGUGAUUAAGAGAUUACUGAUUAACUGAGAAAGAAGAUAGUUAAUAGGGAAGAAUUUAAUCUUGCUGUAGGUUCAUAAUGGAACACAAUAUUUUGGACCUCGCAGUAAUUUAGAUCUCUCGUAAUUAGAUGCGCGUGUAUGUAUUACAUUAUGCACACAACACAGUUAAAAGGACUCUCUUCGCGAGCGAUUCAUACUCUCUACAAUCUUAUAUAAUAAUUUAUU